GCAUUGGUUAUAAGGGCCCCUUCAAACUCAUGCCCUGAGCUUGUCAACAGGCGUCAGAGAGAGAGGCAAAAGAGUGACAUAUUCUCAGGCUUUCAGAGGAGGGAGUCACAGGGAACUGCAACGCCAUGACCACUAGACUUCACUGGCUCACAAGUGCCCUCUGCCUGAUAGGCAUAGUGUGCACUGUCACGUCCACAUAUGUGACAGAAGAUGAUUCAUCCCCCGCUGAGAAAGGAGUCACCUUCAGCCACGUCUAUAAGAUUGACCUGGCCAAGAGCCCUGAGUGUAAACUUGCCUUGCAGACCCUCCCUUCUCAGCAGGACCAGUCUUCAGGCCUGCAAGAGCUGGAGGGAGGCACUACUCCUGAGGGGGAAAACGACAUAGUUUUCAGGCACCAAAUCAACCUCAAGACCCCAAAGUGUGACUGUGAUGAGUCGGAGAGCUUUAAGUCUCUGCUGUACAGAGUCAACGGGCUGGAGGAGGAGGUGGAACACCUGAAGAGUCAAUGCUCUCAGGGCUGCUGUGGUGGAAAAGGUGGUGGAGCAGAAGGUGUGGACACAACCUGUAGUGGCCACGGGACCUACCUGCACAACACCUGCAUUUGUCAAUGCAACCCUGGCUGGGAGGGUCCAGACUGCUCCGUCUCCACCUGUCCUGAUGAGUGCAACGACAAUGGCCGCUGUGUGGAUGGCAAGUGUGUGUGCCACGCUGGCUACACAGGGAGCGACUGCAGCCAGCUGAUGUGCCCAGGCGACUGCAACGAUAAGGGACACUGCGUGGACGGGAAGUGUGUUUGCUUCAGCCACUUCACUGGCGAGGACUGCAGCGAACAGAAAUGCGAUCCUGACUGCAUCCACGGCACCUGCGUGAAAGGAAUGUGUAUCUGUGACGAAGGCUUCUUUGGAGAAGACUGCUCUGCAGUGUUGGGCCCUAACGGCCUGCGUCUGGUAAGGGUGACUGAUGUCUCUCUGCUGGUGGAGUGGGAGGCUGUGAAAGCAGCAGAGUACUACAUCCUGACCUGGCACCCUGAGGGCAAUGAGGCAGAGCUGGAUCGGGUCACCGUGCCCAACACAGAUACCUCCUACCUGAUCACAGGACUCAGCCCAGGUGUCACCUACAUAGUGCAGGUGUACGCUGUCACCAAGGAGAUCCAGAGCGAGGGGGACAGGAUAGAGGCGACCACAGAGGUGUCUGGUAUUGAUGCUAUCCGUGUAUUGGGCCAGACUGAGGACUCUAUCCAGGUGGACUGGCAGAACCCUGCAGCACCUCUGGACCACUUCAGACUGACCCAUGCCAACCCUGAUGGGCAGGAGGAGGAGCAGAACGUACCAAUGAGUGCAGAGGCCAGGACCACCCACACUAUCGUAGGACUGCAACCUGGCACUGAGUACCUCAUCACAGUGCAAGGCAUCAAAGGGACCAUCGAGGGGAAAGCCUCCUUCGCCACCGGGGUCACAGAUCUUGACGCUCCUACUAACCUCUUGACCAAAGAAGUGACAGAGGACACCGCUACCGUGGAAUGGCAGAAGGUACAAGCAGAGAUCGACGGCUACAUGAUCAGCUACAGCUCUGCUGAGGGCUCCAGUGGGGAGAUCCCUGUUGGGGCAGACAGCACCUCCUACAGGCUGACUGGGCUGAGGCCUGGAGUCAUCUACACAGUCUACAUCUGGGCUGUCAAGGGCUCCCGGGUCAGUAGGAAGAGCUCCACAGAAGCCGAGACAGAACUAGAUGUUCCUACUAACCUGUUGACCAGAGAAGUGACAGAAGACACAGCUACAGUAACAUGGGAUAAAGUCCAGGCUGAAAUCGACGGCUACAUGAUCAGCUACAGCUCUGCUGAGGGCUCCAGUGGGGAGAUCCCUGUUGGGGCAGACAGCACCUCCUACAGGCUGACUGGGCUGAGGCCUGGAGUCAUCUACACAGUCUACAUCUGGGCUGUCAAGGGCUCCCGGUUCAGCAGGAAGAGCUCCACAGUAGCUGAGACAGAUCUGGAUGCUCCUACUAACCUCUUGACCAGAGAAGUGACAGAGGACAUAGCCGAUGUGUCGUGGGACAGACCUCUAGCGGACAUCGACGGCUACAUGAUCAGCUACAGCUCUGCUGAGGGCUCCAGUGGGGAGAUCCCUGUUGGGGCAGACAGCACCUCCUACAGGCUGACUGGGCUGAGGCCUGGAGUCAUCUAUACAGUCUACAUCUGGGCUGUCAAGGGCUCCCGGUUCAGCAGGAAGAGCUCCACACCAGCUGAGACAGAAAUUGAUGCACCAAAAAACCUGAAAGCAUCGGAUGUUAAACUGGAUGCAGCUACCCUGACCUGGACUGCUCCCUUAGCCAGAAUCGAUGGCUACAUCCUCACAUUCAGAGCUGAGGAUGGCAGUUUGAAGGCUGUGGAGAAGAAGCUGAGGGCAGGAGAGAGCAGAUUUGCCAUGUCUGGCCUGGAGAUGGGAAAGAAUUACAUUGUUACCCUCCUUGCUUACAGAGGACCAAAGAGGAGCAGAGUGAUAGAGAUCACAUUCAAAACAGUGGGUUUGUUGUACCCAUUCCCCAUGGACUGUAGUCAGAUUAAGAAGAAUGGUAACAUGGCAAGUGGAAUCUACACCAUUUACAUCAACAGUGAUCGCACCAAGCCCAUGGAGGUGUACUGUGACAUGGACACUGAUGGCGGUGGAUGGGUGGUGUUCCAGAGACGCAACAAUGGACAGAUGGACUUCAUGAAGCGCUGGAGACCAUACAUGGCCGGCUUUGGGAACAUGACUGAUGAAUUCUGGCUUGGUCUGGACAAUAUCUAUGAGCUGACCAAUACUCCCACGCAAUACGAGCUGCGAGUGGACCUGGGUGUGGGUUCAGAGAAGGCCUAUGCUGUCUAUGACAACUUCAAGAUAGCCCCGGCUAAGCAGAAGUUCAAUCUGACCAUCGGCAAAUACAGUGGAACAGCAGGCGAUGCCAUGAACUACCAUCAAGGUCGCCCCUUCUCCACGGUUGACAAUGACAAUGACAUUGCUCUUGGUAACUGUGCCCUGACACAUCGUGGUGCUUGGUGGUACAAGAACUGUCACCUUGCUAACCUCAACGGCAAAUUCGGAGACAACAGACACAGCAUGGGUGUGAACUGGGAGCCAUGGAAGGGUCAUCUGAUGUCUCUUGAUUUCACUGAGAUGAAGAUUCGGCCUGUGGGCACCGCCAGGAAGAGGAGGUCGCUUAGCAGCAGAACAGCUCCCAGAAAAUAGUCCCUCUGAACUAGAGCAGUCAAUGGGAACCUCAUUACAAACCAGGCAAAGUAGCUAGAACCUCAAAUCAGGAAUAUCAAUCUAUCUCAAGAUUAUUGUAUAACUUACUUUAAGUUAACAUAUCAUAUGGCUGCAGCCAUAUACGUCUUUAUUUUGAAUAGGAUAUUUGUAUUAUAUAUAUUAUGAACAAGUGAACUGCAACUUUCACUGUAUAGUAUUAUCACAUGGGCAAAGUAAAGGGAUUUUGUAUCUUGGCUUUGUCCUAAAGCGGCAUUCCUCGCAGGCGUAGAUGAUUAGCAAAUUACCUCUGUCCUAAUGUAUAUGAUUACAUUUUAUAGGCUGGCUCCAUGGCAUAAAACUGCCACUAUAUUCAUAACACUGUCUGCUCCUAUUAUGCAUAAUCAGUGAGAUCCCAAUGACACCAUGUUUUUAGAAUAGUUAUACUGCUCUUGUUCACAUUCAUAACAUAGCAUAGACCCUGACCCUCUCUUCUAAGCUCUGGUCUGCGGCCUACUCAGCCUACUCUGAGUUAGCUAGAUAUCACAUUUAAGAUGUCAUGCAUAACAAAUAGAAUGUAUGACAUGCUCCUCUGCUUGUAAGAUUGUAUUUUCAAAUGUGUAUUGUAAUUGUGUCGUUCCACGAAAAUAGUGCCUUUUGCGUCCCUUUGAUAUUUUAAGUAGAAAUGAAAAGCCUGUUAUAUUAAAUGAAGUCUCCUUUAAUAUAGACCACAUCGAGAAUUCAAUAAAUCUGAUAUCUAAUAUGAAUAAAGGCUUGCUAAAAUGCCAAAAUUCAGCAUUUUGACAUGUCCCUCCAUCAACCCUGUAUCACUGCUAGGAAGAUUUUAACCGACUUAAUCCCAAAAUGUCUCCAAGAUUCACCAUCAUUGUAAAGCCAUACUUAUUGUGUUGCUUUGACAAUGUCAUUUCUGAAGACUAUUAUGUCUUUCAUGUGAUUAGUGAUUCAUUUACAUCUGUCACUGAUUUUAAGGUCAACCCUGUUAUAUGAACUGAACUCCCGUUUUAAUAUGGUGAAACUAUUCCUUUUUAAAUAUUUUUUUCAAAAGAAACAUUGAAUAUCUAAUAGUAAAAAAAUUGAGUAAAAGCAGGCUAGCUGGUUCUACCAUUUUCUGGUGUUUUGUGGUGGAAAACUGAGCGGGUCAAGCAUAACACGUCAACUUCUUUACCAAUAGAUCAACAGGUGAAGCUUGCAUUCAAUUGCCACUUCCUGUUGCACACAACAUACUUCCAUUCCCCUUCUCACAAGAGGAUUUAUGGCUGAUUUAAGAAUAAAUCUUUAGCCCUGUUA